AUGACCUCAGGUUGGCGAUGCUUCGCCUCGAUUCUGACUACCAGUCUCACAAUGCCGACCACUGAUUUACCUUGUCGGCCACCGGUCUCAAUGCUUCUAGAAGAUGGCCACGCUUCGUUGUCCCUGAUACCAAGGCACGACGACUUGACUAGAAUUCCAACGAUUGCCGUUGAUUUCUUCCGCCUCUUGGGCUUCCUCGAUGUCCUCCGUCGACCUCUAACCGAAUCCGGCUCGAAGGACCACAAUGUUCGAGGAGAUGAUAAUGAUGCUGGAUGGGAUCAUUCCAAAGACUGGUGUAUAUCGAACACUGAAUCACAAUUAUCCAUAAAUUCCCGAGAAAGAUACGUUGAAAUAUUACUCAACGAUGAGGAUUACGAGUUUAUGUGCGGUCAUGUAAUCGAUGGAAGAAAUUUGUUACCCGCGAUGGGUUAUCUUGUACUUGUUUGGCAAACUAUCGGCAUGAGAAAGAGCGAAGUGUACACAACAGUACCAAUAAUAUUUCAAGAUGUACGAUUUAUUCGUGCUACUCAUUUGUCGAAAAAUAAUGCUGUAAACUUGAAGAUCGCGAUACUGGAAGAUGGAAAGUUUGAAAUAACCGAAGGGGAUAGCGUUAUAGUGACAGGUACAGUGCAAGACACAUCGAACCCAGAGCAGGAGAUGGUUCGGAGAGAUCUGUUACCGGAGAUUAACGAUGAAGAAGAACUUAUGACUGAGCGGGAUAUCUAUAAGGAGUUGAGACUGCGCGGUUAUCAGUACAGCGGCUGGUUCCGUGGAAUACACAGUGCGUCUAUUUCAGGCAACAAAGGACAUAUUUUUUGGAGGAAAAAUUGGGUAGCGUUUAUGGAUGCUAUGCUACAUAUGUUCAUUAUCGGAAAUGAUAACAGAGAACUGUAUAUUCCGACAAGUCUUCAGAAAUUGGUUAUCAACCCUAUGCUUCAUUCGAAGCUACAAAAGAGUACGAUUUGCAUGGAAGAUACGAAUAAUAUGGAUCAACUAUUACCAGUACGAGUACAUAAGGAAAUAGACACGAUUAUAUCUGGCGGAAUAGAGAUACGAGGUCUUAGAACAACUCAGAUUUCUCGUCGAAAAUUAGCUCAAGAUACUGUUAUCGAAGAAUACGUAUUUGUAGCUCAUCAUGAUCGCGCCAACAUUUCUCUAGACGAAGCCAUUCGGAUAUCGGCACAACUCGCACUGGAAGAUCAUCUAAUCACCAACGUGAAAGUUAUCGAGGUGGUGGAAGAUGUCGACGAUGUCGCAUUAGAAUAUCUCUCAUCUUCGUUGCUAAUUGACGCUUUUGGUGAUGAGCCAUUGAUACAAACGAACAUCACUUUAUUAACAUCACCGAAUCGUUUUAGUCCAGCAGACCUGCCGCAGAACAUUUCACUCGGGGAUAUAAAUAAAUCAUCUGUAGACGAUAAAGUCUUAAUAGUUGCCGGAUUCAAUCUUUUGACGAAACAACAAGCUUUGUUAGAACGACUUUUGUCAUUUCUGAAAGGAGGUGGUUAUCUAUUAACGCGUGAGAAAUGUGACGUAAUUGACUAUACUAAAUAUUUACAGCAAUACGAAUUAAAUGUUAUUCUUGAAAAGCGUACCGACAAAGAAAUGAUCGUACUUUUGAAGAAAAAAGUUCUGAUAGGAAAACGAAUAGUUGUCUACAUAAAUAAUGAUAAUUUUAAUUGGCUGGAGGAUCUAAAGCCGCUAGUGAGCGACGAGAGCAAGCUCGAGAAGAGUAACAGGAUUAUAAUUGUUGGGGAGAAGGAUUUCGAGUGUGGUUUGUUAGGUUUUAUUAAUUGUUUGAGGAGAGAGCCAGGCGGGGAACUUGUUAGAGGUAUGCUUAUUCAAGAUGAGAAGGCUCCUAAGUUUUCUUUACAGGACCCUUUUUAUGUUCAGCAAUUGCAAAAAGAUAUGGUCAUUAAUGUAUUGCGAUCUAACAAGUCUUGGGGAUCAUACAGACAUUUGCGAUUAUCGAGGCCAAAAGCCGAACCCGUAUCAACAGCUCAUAUCUGCCAAAUGGGUCAUGGUGAUCUAAGUACAUUUCGUUGGAUAGAGAACAGUAUAUCUGUCGAGACGCGUCAUGAAGAUUUGGUGCGUGUGAUUUACUCAUCCCUCAAUUUCAGAGACGUGAUGUUAGCGAAUGGCAAAAUCUUUAUCCAAAGUACCUCUCGAAGACGGUUAUGUCAAAGUUUACCACUUGGACUGGAGUAUGUCGGAUUCGAUGCUGAUGGGCAACGUGUAAUGGGAGUCGGUGAUACUGACUGUAUAGCAAACGUUGUUGUAAAAAACAAAGAGUUCUGCUGGAAGAUACCUGAUGCAUGGGCAUUUGAAGCGGCGGCGACAAUUCCGUGCGUAUACAGUACAGUUUACUUAGCCUUGUACAUUUAUGGAAAAAUGAGAAAAGGCAAAAAGGUACUUAUACACUCUGGUACUGGCGGCGUUGGACAAGCAGCUAUUCGCCUCGCUCUCAAAGAAGGUUGUGAGGUAUUCACCACCGUGGGCACAAACGACAAACGGAACUUUAUUAAGAAGAUGUUUCCGACCAUUCUGGAGAAACAUAUUGGAAAUUCCAGGGACACCAGCUUUGAACAAAUGAUAAUGCGCGAAACGAACGGUCGCGGCGUUGAUAUCGUGUUAAAUUCAUUGGCGGAGGAUAAGUUAAUCGCAUCUGUUCGUUGUUUAGCACGAAAUGGUCAUUUUUUGGAGAUUGGCAAAUUUGAUCUUAUUUCUAACAAUCCUUUAGAUAUUUCUCUGUUUCGUAAAGGUAUUACAUUCCAUGGCGUUUUAUUCGACAAUAUGUUUAGUGGCAACCACAAGUACAAAUCACUAUUGUACAAAAUGGUAGCUGAUGGUCUUAGAGAUGGAACCAUCGAACCAAUUCAAGCAAAAAUUUUCCCGAAAACAGAAAUCGAGGAAGCCUUUAGGUAUAUGGCAAGUGGAAAACAUAUGGGAAAGAUAAUUAUAAAUAUACAGGAGCCGGAUAAACCUUUAGACAAACCCAUUUUUGCAUAUCGUCGUUAUUACUGUCUCAGAAAUAAAAAUUACAUUAUACUAGGAGGUCUAGGCGGGUUUGGUUUAGAAUUAACCAACUGGCUGAUACUUCGAGGCGCCAGAAAUGUUGUGCUGAUAUCGCGAACUGGAAUAAAAAACGGGUAUCAACGCAUGAAAGUUCGCCUUUGGAAGUCGUACGGUGUAAAUGUGCUGAUCGUGAAAGACAUCAAUGUCGCUGACCCCAAGGAUUGCGAAUACCUCUUGCAAACUGUCGAAAGAGUUAGACAAGGAUGCCCAAUGAGCGCUAUGCUAUUCAUUCUACUACUGGCAGAUCUAGAAGAAACAAUGAGGAAAGGACAAGAUGGAGGAGUAGUAGUAGGGAAAACAAAAUUCUGGACGCUAGCAUAUGCAGACGAUAUAGUAGCUAUAGCGGAAGAUGAAGAGGAGAUGAAGAGAAUGUUGAAAAGAAUGGAGAGAUACUUCGACAGAAAAAAACUGAAAGUAAAUAUAGAAAAAACAAAGAUAAUGAGAUUCAGGAAAGGAGGAGGCAAAAUGAAGAAAACAGAAUGGAAGUGGAAAGGAGAAGAGAUAGAGGAAGUAAAAGAAUUCUGCUACCUAGGAUACAUAUUUCAGAAAAAUGGAGGACACAAGAGGCGCACAUAA